UCUAGCACAUCUAUGAACCAAAAAGAAUGGACAACGUCGACGGACCAAGGUACGGAUUCACUUAAAACAAUUAGAAAAGAACAGCAUCGUUAUUAUCAUUAGAUACGUUGCUUCGCUUCUUUUCGUGUUGUUUUUUUACGGAUAUCUCGCUGUUCAUCAGCAAUUUGUAUAGAAGAACUUUGUUUCUCAGCCUAACCCCCCUUUUUUAGUAUUUAUAUUCGACUGAAUCUACCAUGAUAUCAUCAUCAGGAAUUACUAUUAACGAACUAUUUAAAUCACCAAAACCCAACAGUUUGAAGAAACUGUUAAGGAAUUUUUACGUACGCAAUUAUACUUUUUCAUAGUAGACAAUGGCGGAGCAAAUAGAUAUAGACGCUGUACAAAGAUACCAUCAGCAGUAUCUAGAUGAAAGAGGAGGUGGAACGCAGAGAGGUGGCGUGUCGGCCCAGAUGGAUGGAUUGGCCCAAAAGAAUCUAUCGAACCAGAGGAUUCGAGAGCUCGAGAUCGAGAACGCUAGACUUGACGCUGCCGUGGCGAGAGAAAUCGAGUUUAGAGAAAGACUUCGACCGUAUGGGCCCGGCUUGAGUAUGGAAGAUGCUCAGGAGUAUUAUGGGAAUCUCAUUUCAAACAUCGGGUUGUUCGUCGCGAAAUGGGCAAUACCACUCAUUAACAACCCCGACAUCCAAGCUCGCUUCCACGCGGCCAUUGCGACGAACCCUCAGCUUAUAAAAGAGUUCCUUGAUUAUCUUAGGACUCAGCAGGACCUUCACCGCGCAGCUCUCGAGGUUCCACACAUAGACCAGGAUAUUUUGGCGGCAUUGAUCACGAGAUUUAUCCAUACCAAUGUGUUGGGUUCAGACUCACUAGCCGGUAUUAUACCUCGGACACUAGUUAAGGCGCUGGACCAUUUUCAAAAUGUAAUGAGCAAGUGUCCUAGUGAUACUGGGCUAGCAGAUAAUGUACCCGUUGUUUCCUGGCGCGCACAUGCGCAGAAUUCUGUAAUAGAACACCCAGAGUAUAGCGAGCAACGGAGCUUAACCAUGACUGUCCUCACGACGCAUCUAGCAGGAAUACUUCAAUUCCUCAAUAUAUAUGAAGAAGGGGAAUUCCUAGCCGAUAUAACAGAGCAAAUCAUUGGACCGGCUUUCGAGCUUCAGGAGAAGUUUCUCAUAUCGACUGAAAACAUCUUCCAUUUCGAGCAUCAACAGCAUAGUCCUUUUGGGCAGUGGUUUAAUGGUAGUCGGGAACAGCUAGAAGAUCUGAAAUGCAUAGAUUCCGGUGUAUUUCGAGGUAGGUUCGACGUCGGAAGUCUUUCACCUGAGCCAACCAUCGAAGAACUCCAACAGCUUAUAUGGCUUAUAUGCAGUAUACAUCCGGCCCUGAUCGGACAAUCAAUUUACGAGGGUCUGGAAGACCAAGUCAUCAUCGCUAUGCAGCGGGUGUUGAUCCAUUUGUCACGCAAUCAUAGGCAGCCCACUGGAGGCACCUUCCUUGCUGUGAUCCUGAAGGAGAUGGAUCCUGAUGGUAGUCGAGGCCUAUCCGUCGUUCUCGGAGGUUGAUUCUGCUCUUUUAUGCAGUUCUUCUCCUAAAUUAAGUAGAGAACAAUAUUUUGUAUUAAUAAUCCACUGGACCAAUGAAUAAACGAAGGUUCUACUAUAAA